ACCGAAAGUAUAAAAAAUACUUCCUGUUCAAGUACAUUAUAGCUGGCGCGCGUCAUGCAAAUCUAACCCGGUACAGACGGGUAUACCAGGACACAUGAUGGCGGGACAGAGGAGCCUGCUGACCGGUCUGGUUUUGUGGUGGACGCUGGUCACUGUGGACAGUAUGCAAUGUCUGUCUAUAGCGGGAAAACCGGUGGAUUGGUAUGUUGUUUACAAGCUGCCUAUCCUGUCAAAGAGCCUUAACCCUAUCAUGUCCCGAGGACUGGGCUUUUACUACCUAGAUGUGGAUUCACCUACCUGGAUAUUGUCCAAGGUCGGAAUAGAUGGCAAGGUCGCCAACCCUGUUUACAACACAUUGCAGCAGAUCUACAGCUCAUCGAAGAACGGUAGCUACAUGUAUGCGAUGUACAAUGACCAGACACCUUCUUCUGAAAGUCUUAACCAUGGACACACUAAAGGAGUGUUGAGUUUUGAUACCCAGGAAGGAUUUUGGUUGGUGCACAGUACCCCACAUUUCCCGCCCAACCGUACUAUGGGAUGGGCGUGGCCUGACAGUGCCAUGGAUUAUGGACAAGCCUUCCUGUGUGUCUCCUACCCCAUUGCCAUGAUGGAAAAAAUAGGUGAACAGUUUCUGUAUACCUAUCCCAAGAUCUACGACAAAAACUUCCCCGCCAGUUUUGCCGCAAAGAGCCCUGUAAUGAACCAGAUUCUAGGUGAUAAGCAGUCACAUGUCAAACAGUUGCCAUGGUAUCACAAGACAACACUGGUAUCGAAGGCUGGACAUAAUUUUGUUAGCUAUGCCAAGUUUGGGAAAUUCAUGGCUGAUCUGUAUGAUAACUUGGUGGCCAUUGAUCUGCAAAGUGACAUGAUGGUUGAGACCUGGCAGAAAGGAGGAGUCAAAGAAAACCUUCCUACCAACUGUUCCAUUCAGUACAAGGUAUACAAUGUGGAGAAUGUGACAUUUCCUGUUGGUGGGGUGUACUUUCUGGAGACUAAGGAUCAUUCCAAGUGGGCAGUGUCUGUGGAUAAAGGAGGCUGGACAUGCAUAGGGGAUAUCAACAGACAGCGCUCCCAGUUCCAUAGAGCAGGGGGAACAGUGUGUUUCCAGCAGAAACAGGUUUGGAAAAGCUUCAGAGCACUGGUUGGCAAGUACGCACCAUGUCCCAAGGAAAACUGGUGGAACUAGGGGCAGAAAAUCAAAACUUAUCUUGUGGCAUUGUGACUAUGUGUUCAAAAGUCUAAUGAUAACAUUAAGAUUACUAUAAUUAUAAACUUAAUUUACAACGAACAAACACACAUAUAUAUAUACACACCUUACACUAGGUCUAAUACCAUGUGUGAGCUUCCUACCAGUAUUUUCACCUGUAUAACAACAACGAUUACAACAAUCAAAGUGAAAGACGCUUCAAUAACGAGUUAUUUAGAUUUCCUAGGCUUUGCUUAGUAACUGUUGGGAAUGAGCACUUAUCAUCAGACUUUAAUUAACCAUGAUUUUGUCAUAAAACAAAUUUAUGUUGAAGCUCAGGUAUUCAAUAAAUAUCAAAUAAUAUAUGUAAGCUGCCAGUCAAAAUAACUUGGCAUGAACAGGAUAUGUUGUUCGUUUUGUAAUAAUGAAUCGUUAUUACCCGAUGUGUUGACUUUUUUUCGUUGCCACUUGUAACUGUGUAUCACUUCCCUAUGGAGUAGGAUUGUGGGGGGACAGCUCAGGGCACCUGUUUGUUUUGUACUAUAUUUGUUUGUCGCCACCUGUUACUGUGUAUCACUUCCCUAUGGAGUGGGAUUGUGGGGGGACAGCUCAGGGCACCUGUUUGUUUUGUACUAUAUAUUUUUUUAUUACUUGAGUAUAAAAACAAUGUAUAGCCAUCAUUAUUGUUCACUUAUAUGAUAAACUGUCAGUACAACAGUCUCUGAGUAUUUUAAAGUCAAUAGAAAUGUCCUUGGAAUAUUGUUGUACUUGGAGGGCAUUUUUCUCACAUUCCAGGUUUUAAUAAUUAUGAUAUUCCGGUUAAUACAGUGGUAUACCUAUGAGUAAUAAUGUUUACAUUCCAUUGUUUAUAGUAUACAUUUUGUUUGUAGAUUAUUAGAUACUGCAUACCUGGUAAUUUUUACCCAGAGAAAUAUUUUGCCUUUACUGUUAAAAAUACAACUUUGUCCUGAGUGUGAGUUUUGUUGUUCACGGUACUGUAUGAAGUAAUCUGUAGUAAUGUUCAGUGGACAACAAUGAACAGUAAAUAGUGCUGACAAUGGGAAUACUAUUAUAGUAAGCUACACUGGUGACAUUUCUUCAUGACGAUCCGGGUCAUUUUCAGGUCAAUUACGGGUGAAAAUGGACUUUAAUUCAACUGGCCAUCGGCAAAAGUUAAACUGCAGGGAUGAUUUCCUGGUAUACAGUAUCUCAUUGUUAUAUCUAUACACAUGUUGUACACACAUAUGCCCUACAUAGGAUAGGACUGGUUACUCUCCUAUAUAGGGAAUAUACAAGUUAUAUAUAUUUUAUAUUAACUUUUGCCUUUAACAAAGAUCAUGCCAUAUAAUGAUUUAUUAGUACAUUUGUACAUAUUUUUCUUUUUCAAAAAUGUUAUACUGUUCUUAUGAUGAAUCUUCUAUAUUUGUGUGCAAUUUAUUUAAUAAACUUAUUUUAUUCCUU